CACACACCAAAGAGAGCCUGGCCACUCAUUCCUCAGGGACCAAGUGAUACACAUCGACAAAACCCCGACACCAUUGUCUCGGCAAUUAUAUCCGCGCAGUGACAUCCCCUCGGAAACACGCCGUCACCAUGUCCAAAGCGGGAACGUGGAUCAAGAUGUUCGUCGUCGGCACGGUGAUCUGUGUCGGCGGCCCCGCACUCGUCCAAGCGAUCCGUCCUACCGAUGAAGAAUUGUUCAAACGGUAUAACCCGGAGCUCCAAAAGCGGAGUCUGGAGGAAGGGGAUCGUCGCGCGCAGGAAUUCGAUGAUUAUGUGAAUCGCCUGAAGCAGUGGUCUAAGUCGGAUAAGUCGAUCUGGGUUGCGGCUCAGGAACAACAGGAGCAGAUGCGGACGCAGGCUGCGGUGCAGCGCAGCCAGGCGAAGGAUGAGUCGAAGGCUCAGCGUGAGGAGAUGCGCAAGGAGUUGCUGGGUGAGAAAUAAUCUCGUGGGAUAAUGUGCGCGCGAGGCGAGCUGUAGUGUGGUUGAUUGAAAGGUAUAUCG